CACCAAUCGCAUCAUUAUCAUUAUCAUCAUCAUGAUCAGAAGAGAAACAAUGGAAUUUCCUUCAUAUUCUCAUCUUAAAAAGGUUUGAAUUUGAUAAUCUGUUGAUCGCGUUUUUGUGGAUUGUUUGAUCUGAAAGAGGUAUUUUUGAAUACCCUUUUGCUUGAAUCGAAUAUAUUUUAGCGGUAGAAAGAAGUUUACGGACGAAUAUAUUAUUUAUUUUAGGGUUAGGGUUUCGGGGAUCUGUCGUUUUGCUGUUGAUUAGCAAGUUAGUUUUUUUUGAUGUUCUGCUGUGAAAAUUUUUGGUGAUUGAAAGUGGGAAGCUGUUCUUUUGCUGUAGAAGUUCGGGUUGAUUUAGGUUGGAAAUUGCUGAAGUUUAGUCUUUUGUUGAUAAUGAGGGGGGAGAGGAGAUUUGGAGGAGAUGCUAGAGGUCCACCACGGUUGCCGGAAAGGAGAAAGGAUUGUGGUUACUCGCCUCGACAGAGGAAUAGGAACAGGGAUUACUCGUCUCCACGGAGAAUUAGGGAUGAGGGUUACUCGCCUAGACGGAGGAUAAGAGACAGGGAUUAUGUGUCUCCACGGAGGAUUAGGGGCUCACCCCCAAUGAGGAUUCAAGAGCGGAAGAACUCACCACCAAGGAGGUAUCAGGGGCGUGAAUACUCACCCGUGGAAACUAACAGGAACCGCGAUCGCUCACCACCAGUAAGGAGACGGAACCAGGAAUACUCACCACCAGGAAGGAAUAGGAACAUGGAGAUUUCGCCACCAGCAAGGACUAGGAACUGGGAGCAGCACUCACCAGGAAGGAAUAGGAACAGGGAGAUUUCACCACCAGCAAGGACUAGGAACUGGGAGCAGCGCUCGCAACGUGGACGGAGUAGGGAGCGUCACCUUUCACCUAGUGGCCAGAUGAUUGGUGAACAGCAGGGUGAGUACUUUCACGAGCUUGAGAGGUCGAGAAGGAUGGGAAUUGAUGGUGGUGGAGACUUUGGAGAGUUGCAGAAUGCCCGACCCUUGAAUUAUGUUGGUGGAGAUAGAGACUAUGGGCCAUCUCAGAGCUUGAGAAUCUCUGAUCGCGAUAGAGGAAACACUGACAUUCUUGGUGAACAUUCACACAGGCUGCAUGAGAAAAAGGAGGGCUCAGGGAAUGAGGACUCAACUUCCAAUAAGUAUCCAUGGAGCCAUUUGUUAGAUAAGCCUAGAAAGUUUGAUACUGUUAAUGGGUCCAAAGACUAUGGAGUUAGUGGUAGUAGAGUAAGCAGCGAGAGAGAUAAUCGUGGAAGGCCCUAUCCGGGUUUUGUGGAUGGUAGCAUUUCUUCAGAAGCUGAUAAGAGGGCAUUGUACUCUUCAUAUGAAUCUCAUCUUCCUGAUGUUGGUGUACAACCAAGAAUCUCUGGCAUUGGAAAUAGUGGUGGCUACUCAUUGCCAUCACGUUAUUUGGAUGCUGAUCCUCUCAAAGAGGAGGAAAUACAUUUACAAGAAGGGUUUCAUUCUCAUAAAGCAGCAGGAGGAAGAGUGCCGUCAUCAAUGGACCCAUACAUGGAGGAAUCCUUGAAGACCAGACGAUAUUCAGAAUUCAAUACUGAUUACAUGAUAUCGUCAUCUCACUCUAACAUGGUGCCCGGAGUUAAUAAGGAUGAUAUCACCAGUUCAUAUAGUAUAGAGGGCCAAAUUUGUUCACAUGGAGGUAGACUGGACAGUGGAAAGGCUAUUGAGUCUAUUGGCCAUGCCGGAUAUGAUAAAAAUCCCAGGACCAUAUCUUCCCUGAACCCUGAAAAGCAAGUUAGUGGUUUCAGGAACUACACGGAGUCUUACUUUGGUCGAGCUGAGGAAAGGCGUGAAACAUACAGUUAUUCUGACAUUCAAAGAGGUGAAGUUGGUAGUCCUAAUGCCCUGUCUAGUGAAUUCUAUGGGAAGAGGGUGGGUUCUGGAGAAGCACAUUUUCAAGAUGUUCCAAGGAAUAACAUGGGAUUGGGCAAAUAUGAUGAAUUUUCUCAUCGGGAGAUUUUGAUGGAAGAUAAGCCACGGGAAUCUCUUUUUUCUUCACAAAGACUGUCAACGCCGGAUUAUUUUGAGUCCCGCAGAGCACUAGACCAAAGAAAGCCAGAUGUGGACAUAUUGGAUUAUGGGGCUAAUCGUCUACAGUAUGAAAAUGAAACACAUCGAGGCUAUGAAAACUCCCGUAAAAGAGAGCUUCAUAAGUAUCAGAUGGAUGAUGAUCUUCUAGAAAGAUCUGAUGCCUUGUAUAGAGAACAUGACCCCCAUUUAGAGAAGAUAGAGGCAGGUUCUCGUGAAAGAUUUAUUUCAAGGGACUUGCCUGGAUCAUCUAAUCUUUCUCUUAGAGAAAAACAUGGCACAAUGACCAAUCGUAGUGCCGGAAUUAUGAUUUCAAGUGAUAUAAGGAGUGCACACAUAACCCAUGACCGUGAAGAUGCUGAUGAAAUGCGGAUCAGUAGGGAUAUGGAUUCUGUAGUUAUGUCUAGAAAGCCAAAUGUCCCGCGCUCCAAAUUUGUGAAGAAUGGUAGGCCACACAAAGCUGCUGCCACUAAUAGUUCCACCAGAAACCUUUCAGUGUCAAUGUUGAGACGUACAAGCAAAUUUAGUAAAUCUGGUGGAAGUGAUAUAAAGAAGCGGCUGGGGCCACGUUACCAGAAUGUUGAUGUUGAACACCCACUAGGAACAAAAUAUAAAUCUUCACUGAAGAAGCGUUUGGGACCCCGUUUAGUGAAGAAUCAUGCUCCUCCACCAUGGGUGAAAAAGUUCAAUUCUCAUGAGCUCUCUAGAAAUCAAGAUACUUUAGAUGAAAGUGUUGCUGAACAAGGUGAUGACCCCAAAGAAGGUAUUACUACUACAGCAAAAACUGAACCUUCUGAGAACUCUAAGGAUUUUAAGCAGCUGGUCCAAAAUGCCUUCUUCAGGUUCGUGAGGCACUUGAAUGAGACUCCAGCUAAAAGAAGAAAAUACAGUGAGCAAGCUGGUAGUUUAAAGUGCCUCGUGUGUGGCAGAGAUUCAGAAGAGUUCGCAGACUCAGAAAGCCUCGUGCGUCAUGCAUUAACAUCCUCUAAGACUGGUCUCAGAUCACAGCACUUAGGCUUUCACAAAGCUUUAUGUGCUUUGAUGGGAUGGAAGAGUGCAGAUUCUCAUGAAGAUAGUUGGGUUCGUGAAAAGCUAUCUAAUGCUGAAACUGUGGCUUUGAAGGAAGAUCUAAUCAUCUGGCCUCCAGUUGUUAUCAUCCAUAACAGUUCCAUAAAUAGCAGCAAUCCGGAUCAGCGUGUGGUUGUAUCAGCUGAAGAGCUCGAGUCUAAGCUGAGAGAGAUGGGCUUUGGGGAGAAGGCCAAGGUUUCUCGUGGUAAGCCUGCAAAUCAGAGUAUUCUUAUGGUGAAGUUUAGCGCUACUCUCUCAGGUUUGGAAGAAGCAGUAAGACUCUGUGACAUAUAUGCCCAUAGGAAGCAUGGAAGGGCGGAGUUCCAGCGUAUCAGUUCUGGUCACUCUGGAAACAAUGACGAUGAAAUUAAAGAACCAUUGACAGAUAAGGUAGGUAAAAUCCUUUAUGGUUACCUUGGAAUUGCAGAAGACCUGGACAAAGUUGAUUUUGAAACAAAGAAACGAAGUUCUGUGAGGAGCAAAAAGCAGAUCAAGGAUAUUGCAGUUGCGCCUUAAGAAGGAAGACCAAAUUUUAGUUUGGCAGGGCAAAAAUUUAUGUUCUGAAUGAUAGCUAGACACUUUGGCUUUUGCUUUUGCUUGUAGCUAAUUAUAUUUUGCUAUCUAACUUGAUGAAAGUAGAUACUCCCAAAUGUC